AUUGUGACGUCUAACAUUGCGGAAGUAAAAUUAGAACAACAUGGCGCGCAGCGAGCCAGGGAAUCUGGAUCAGGUGAAGCACGUGGUUCUGGUUCUGUCUGGUAAAGGUGGAGUGGGCAAAAGCACCAUCACUACUGAACUUGCCCUGGCACUCAAACAUGCAGGCAAGAAGGUUGGUAUUUUGGAUGUGGAUCUGUGUGGACCCAGCAUUCCGCGGAUGCUACAUGUGGGAAAGCCGGAGGUGCAUCAAUGUGAUGCUGGAUGGGUGCCAGUGUACGCAGACCCCCAACAGCAGCUCGCGCUCAUGUCCAUCGGCUUCCUGAUGGAGGAUCCUGAUGAAGCCGUGGUGUGGAGGGGACCUAAAAAGACAGCUCUGAUUGGUCAGUUUGUCAGUGAUGUGGCAUGGGGUGAACUUGAUGUUCUGUUAGUGGACACGCCCCCGGGGACAUCAGACGAACACCUGGCUGUGCUGGAAAACCUGCGCAAACACAGAGUGGACGGAGCUGUGCUGGUCACAACACCACAGGCAGUGUCUACAGGUGAUGUCAGGCGUGAGAUCACCUUCUGUAAGAAAACAGCUGUGAAGAUUCUUGGCAUCGUGGAGAACAUGAGUGGCUUUGUGUGUCCACACUGUUCAGAGUGCAGUAACAUUUUCUCCAAAGGUGGCGGCGAGGAAUUAGCCAAGCUCACAGGAUCUGUGUUUCUAGGCUCUGUACCGCUGGACCCUCUCUUGACAGCGAGUCUCGAUGAGGGGCGGGACUUCCUGCAUGCGUUUCCAGAGAGCAGCACUUACACGGCCAUCAGUGAUAUAGCAAACACUCUCCUCAGCAGCCUAGAAGCCUGAAACAGCAGCACACAUACAAGACAACACCAGAGUCUGAAACAGUGCUGUACAUUCAUACUUCUUCCAUUAUCUCAUUCAAGAUCAAAGAUGGGAUGUUCAGUGAACCCAGCAGUCUUGCUUAAUUGUGCAAAAUCUUUUUUUUUAAUUAUUAUUCUUUAUUUUUUUUCAAGACACUGGAGUGUUUUCAUUUGCAAGUGAUGCAGAGCUACUCAGUAUGAAGUCUUUGUCUUUUUUUUUUUGUUUGUUUUUUGUGUGUGAAAUCUGGAGAAUGUUAUUUAAUGACAGUACAGUAUGUUAAUACUGGUGCAACUUUCAGUAAUAAAAAAACAAAACAAAAAAAAAAAAUACUUGAUUGUUACGUGUAUUUUUACAGAGUAAAAAUGAUUCUGUCAUCAUUUACCAUUAAGAAACCCAUGUGAAUUUUUCUUCAGCUCUUCAACUAAAUUUUGCAAUUUUUCACACUGAAAUGUAAAAGCUCACCUUAAACACAUACAGUGGAAUAACUGCAAAAAUGGUCUCAUUUGACAGAAAACCCCUCCAUAUUUCCCCCCCAAUAAUUCAUAAAUGAUACUGUGUAUGUUUACAUUAUUAUGACAACCAUAAUUUUAAAAGGAAAAAUCUCCCCCCGCCUGCUUUAAUUUGUAAGCAUGUAAUUCUGGUUCUGUUUGCUCGAUCUCCCUGCAAAAGGUCUUAUUUCAUUCCACUACAUGGCAGCAAGUAUUAGAAAAUAAUAUUUCCCCCAUCACCUUCCAUCACAAUAUACAGACCUGAAUUGUAGGUGGCGCUCUAACGUCGCCGAGCACUCGCACAAUAGGCAUCCAGUCUAUUUGGAUCGCAGAUCCUCAGGUUUGUAAUGAUAUAUCAUUAUAUCAUCAAUAAUUGAUAACAUGCCGCUGAUUUGGUUAUCAUGCUUAUUCUGCUGGACUGCAACCUAGUAAUCUAAAUGUAAUGUUGUUCUAGACAUCUGACAUAUAACAUUGUAUUAUUUAACCAAGCAAGCUCACAGAUAACUCAAAAAUGGCUCGUUUUGAAGAAAACAACCUAAAAUAAGGGCUGAAAUAGAGUUUGUGGCUACUUGGGGCUUACAGACACAAUGAUCGGAGCAGAAAUGAGAUGCUUUGUUGUCUUACAGAGAUCAUAUUUCACAUCAUAAUUCAUUUGAUAAUCAUCCGUACAACAAAAUAAACGGUACAGUCACUCUUCCUGAGAACGAGCGCUUUCAUUUGAUAUAUGACUUGUCUAUUUAAGUGCUAUGUGAAAAACUUUUAUAUUCUUACACAUGGUUCUACGUUACCUCUAGGGGGCGCUCAUUUGCGAAAGCGGAGGUUUUCGGGCUUUAUUUUAACUAACAUAAAUUCAAAGGUGUUUGUAGUCUAUGAAAAGGUCUGAUUUUAAGCUUUUAAAUGGUACCACAUAUGAGUGACUAAUGUAUCCGGGAGCAUUUACAAUGUAAGCGUAAACUUAUCGCAUGCUUCUAGCCCCGCCCAACAGGUUAAAGGAGAUAUUAGCCAUCAGGUUGGUCUCAGUCACUAUUUAUUUUCUUUGUAACUUACCAUGAAACUGAAUGGUGACUGAGGAUGUUAUCCUGCCCAACAUCUCUUUAGAAAUAAGAAAUACAAGUCAUACAGGUUUGGAACAAUUUAAAGGUGAGUAAAUGAUUUUUGGGUGAACUGUCCCUUUAAAUAGUCAAUCUGUGUAGUGACACACAGUAGCACAGCUGGAACACACUAUAUUGACCAAUCAGCAUCCAGAACCAGAACUAUCCAUUUGAUGUUUUAGUCCUGUGUUCUACAGUUAUUAAAAAGUGUAUUUUAGUUGUAGAAAUCUUCCAGUGGCUGUUGGUCAGUUAUCAAGGUUUAGACGGGCAAAUAAACACAGCUGUACAAACUCACAUGAAGUGUUUGAUGAAAAAACACAGGGAAAACAGGCAUAUGGAAAUUACACUUGUGACACCCUCAGAGGGGCACACACACAUCUUUAAUACAGCCAAACAUCAGAUAUACACGAAACAACCAUAAAUACACACAUUGAGCUGAAAUACUCCCCAAUACUGCACUCACCAGCAAACCCAGUUUAUAGAGAGUAUAGGAAACCCAGCAAGUGCAGCUCUAUUCUUAUAUAUCUUAUAUAUUAUAUAUAUUUAUGCAUAUAUAAAUAUCAAACAGAGAAAUUGAGGAGCUCCAAGUACAUUGACAUGAACAAUAUCUUUACAAAUAAAAUCAGAGGAAAAUAAAAAUGGAUGUGAAAACAAAAACUAUUUCAUUCCACAUACAAAUUCGUCAGUUUUUUUUUUUUUUGCCACUUUACAAACACUCACA